AUGCAACUUGCUAAUCUUUCCCAAGCUGGUUGUCACUUAGAUGAUGAGAAGAUUCUCUUUAAUGGGCUUCAGGAGCUUGAAGUGGAUGAAGCCUCUUUUUAUAAGCAAAAAGCUAAAGUCCAUUGGUUGAAAGAGGGAGACAGAAAUACAAAAUUUUUUCACUCUACUGUAGUGAGGAAAAGAAAGAGUAACAUUGUUAGAUUGCUCUACGCUGAAGAUGGUUCUCGGUUGGACUCAUUUGAUGCUAUGUCUGUUGAGAUGUUGAGAUUUUACACUGAACUGCUUGGUUUUGAGGAUGUUGGUGUUCAAAGCUACGGUGUUGAUCUCCUAAAGAGUCUGUUGGGAUAUGAGCUUCCUUGUGAUGCUGCUGCUUUAUUGGUCAAGGAGGUCUCUAAUAAAGAAAUUAAAGCUUCUCUGUUCAGGCAAGCAAUUGCCUUGGUGCCUAAGACUCUAAAUGAUGGUAUAGCUAAAGACUUUCGUCCUAUAUCCUGUUGCUUGGUUGUUUAUAAAACUAUCACUGGAAUCAUUGUUGCUCGGUUAGCUUGCUACUUCCCUGGUAUGAUUUUGCCAAACCAGUCAGCUUUUAUUAAAGGGCGUAGUAUUGUUGAUAAUACGCUCUUGGCUCAAGAGAUUGUUAGGGGCUACUCCCGCAGUUCCCUUUCCCCAAGGUGCACUCUAAAAAUUGAUUUAAGGAAGGAAUUUGAUUCUGUGUCUUGGGACUUCUUGAUGAAUGUUCUUGCUUCCUUAGGGCUCCCAGGAAGGUUUAGAGAUUGGAUCACUGCAUGUGUCACUGGUGCUAGAUAUUCUGUAGCAUUUAAUGGUAGUUUAGUGGGUUUCUUUAAAGGGAAGAGGGGAAUUAGGCAGGGUGAUCCUCUGUCCCCUUAUCUCUUUGUUCUUAUUAUGAAUGUGUUGUCCCAUUUGUUAAACGUUGCUGCCAAGGAAGGGUUAACUCGGUUUCAUCCUAAAUGUAAGCGUGUUCCUCUCACUCAUCUCAGCUUUGCUGACGAUUUAUUAAUUUUUUGCCAUGUUGCUGAGGAUUCUAUUUUGGGUGUUGUUGGUGUUCUGGAGGUCUUUUAUAAGAUGUCUGGGCUACAGUUAAAUGCUGGGAAAUCUGAGCUGUUUUCUUGUGAUGUGCAUGAGGAUGUUUUAAGAAGAGUGCAGGUUACUACUGGUUUUAAAUUGGGUACACUUCCUGUUAGGUACCUUGGUGUGGCAUUAGUUACCAGAAAGCUUACUGCUAAGGACUGUCUUCCUUUGGUUGAUAAGAUCAGAAGUAAGCUGGCUUUGUGGUCUAAGCUGAAGCUAAGUUAUGGUGGCAGACUGCAAAUGAUUUUGCCUAGUAAAGUCAUUAGGCAGGUUGAGCAACUCUGUAUGCGGUUCUUCUGGAAGGGGGAUGAUGUUCCUGCCAAGGGGGCUAGAAAAUAUCCUUGCAAAUACUGGGUGGACUGGGUUAAUGAAUAUGCCCUGAAGGGGGCCACUUUCUGGGAGGCUGGUUACAAACCUCAACUCAGCUGGACCUUGAGGAAGUUGCUUAAGCUACAAAUAGAGGCUGCUGGUUUGUUUGGCAAUGUAGUUGACUGGAAUUUGGUUAAAAACUAUUGGGUGUGGGAGAAGUUGAGAGACAAGAAGGAGAAGGUUAGUUGGGAACACUUGAUAUGGUUCCCUCUCCAUAUCCCUAGAAUGUCUAUUGUAGCUUGGAUGGUUUUUUUGAACCGUCUGCCUACUAAGGAUAGGCUUAUUCAUAUGGGGAUUGAGCUAGAUGGGCGUUGUGAGCUCUGUAGUGACGGGGUUGAGAGAAGGGAUCAUUUGUUUAAUGAUUGCACCUUUGUUGUUGGACUCUGGAGUAAAAUUCUGCAGACUUGCAGAAUUCACUAUAGGGGGUUGUGCUGGAAUGAUACUUUGUCCUGGGCUGCUACCAACUUUAAGGGAAAAUCCUUGCUAGAAGAACGCAAUCUCAGGCACUUUAGAGGCUGUUCUCGGGUGCUUGAUGAGGUCUUUGAUGCUAUAAAACGGACAGCACGCAAUUGUGGGGAGUGUUGUUUAUUUGCUGUUGGUGGGCUGUUUCCUACUGUUGUAUCUGUUAUUUGCUCUUUCUUUGGGUAA